ACGAAUUUUGAAAGCUAUUUUGGAAACUAACAGAAUUUCAUAAUAAACUGGUUUUCUACAUUGUUAGAAAGAAAAAUUAUUCAACAUUGACGCCACUGUUCUUGAGUUUCUGAUUAUCGCGGGCAAUGACUGAUCGACUCGCUCUCCAAUUCGCUCGUCCUUCUCCAUCUCUAGGGCUUUCCGCUUCCAAUCGCAUCCCAAUUCCCUCUAAAUGUCAGUUUCAGCUUCCAUUCCCUUUCUCUUUCUCUAUUGCACACUCUCCUCUUUGCUCCGGCUCCGGCCUACUCCAGCGAAUAUCUCCGAUCAACGUCUUGUCGAAUUCCCUUGUGAACGAAGCAGAACCAAAGGAACUGCGAGAUGAGUCUGAUUUUGAAGCCAUCUUCUCCGACAGCGAUUAUAUUUCCGUUUGUGGAUUUGGUUCUCUCCUUUCUGAGAGGAGUGCGCGAAGUACCUUUCCUGAUCUGAUCAACUUUAGAGUGGCGAGAUUGAACGGCUUUAGACGCAUUUUCGGAAAUGUAGCUCCUGUAUUCUUUGAGCGCGGCAUUGCUAAACCUGAAACCAAGGAGAUUUCCAGCUUGUGUGCGGAACCUUGCGAAGGAGAAAAUAUCAUCGUUACGGUUUUCGAGAUUAAGAAGUCUGAGGUUCCAGCGUUUAUACAAAGAGAGAUUGAGUUUCGAUUUCUAGCAGUUUUUCCUGAAACAUUACAUGGAAAGGCUUAUAAAAAACCAGCGGUGCUUUGUUCUCGAUCCACUGAUGAGGAGUUUUUCCAAGUGAGAUGCAAAGGGAAUAAGGACAUCUUUUUUCAUCAUUAUGGUCGGCAUAAUAUUGAUAAGAUCUGGAGAGAUGAUAUCUUUCCUUGUCGCGUUUAUCUUCGACACUGUAUUCUAGCUGCAAAAAACCUGGGUGACAAAGCUUAUAACAACUUUCUGGAUCAUACUUUCCUUGGAGAUCGUAGUACAACCAUCCGUGAAUAUUUGACCGGUUAUGGUUUAGGCAUUAUGGAGGAGGAGCCUCCAGAAUCCCUCAAGUUUCGAUAUGGCGGUUGACAUUAUGGAAAACAAAAUAAGCGCAAUGACUUGUAGAUCCUUUGAAAGCUUUAUGAGGUACGAUUAACAUAUUAUUUGUUGGGAAAAUGACUGAAGUUUGGGGGAAUAUGUGCAUUUAGUCGUUGAGUUUUAUUUA